AUGACAACAAAAAUUAAAUUCUUGAAGCCAGAUGACGAUUCCUUUUCAUCGGAACGAGAUGCUUUGUCUGUCGAUGACGCCGUUUCCACGUUCAUCUUCAAUCCGCAUCACUCACUGAGUCUGCAAACGCAACGUGAACGUCUUCCGAUUCGUCAGUACCGCGACCGGAUUCUGUAUUGUCUCGAAAAUUACCAAACGUUGGUGCUUGUCGGCGAAACUGGAUCGGGCAAAAGUACACAAGUACCGCAGUACCUUUACGAGUUCGGAUGGCACACAAAAGGCAUAAUAGGCGUUACCGAACCACGUCGCGUUGCUGCCGUAAGUUUAAGUGAUCGUGUUGCUACUGAACGGGGUGAACUGGUAGGAGAAACGGUCGGUGUUGCGAUUCGUUUCAUCAAUAAAUUCAGUGAGAAUACGAUGAUCAAGUUCAUGACUGAAGGAAUAUUGCUCCGAGAGAUGCUGGCAGACCCCCUGUUGUCACAAUAUAGCGUCAUAAUGAUCGACGAGGCGCACGAACGGAACAACUUAACGGACACACUGAUGGGAUUGCUGAAGAAAAUCGCCAAGAAACGUCAAUCCUUGAAAAUUAUCAUCUCCUCUGCGACUGUGGAUGCCGAAUUGUUCAAGGAUUUCUUCAAUUUCAACACUAAAAAAGCUGGAAAAGACACGAGCGUUAUUCUCUCUGUCGAAGGAAGGAUGUAUCCAUACGAAAUUUUUUACCUGCAAGAACCUUGCCCGGAUUACAUUCAAGGCACGAUCGAUACUGUCAUGAAAAUCCAUCAAAAGGAGCCUCCGGGAGACAUUUUGGCUUUUCUCACGGGACAAGAGGAAGUUUUGCGUGCUGUGAAUGCCUUGAAAGAUUUACUGAACGAGAUGGGGCGAGAAGACAUGCAAGUUUUAUCGAUUAAAUAA